CAAAAACACAAGAAAGACUUYUCUUGAUUUUCUGUCUCAAAAUUAGCGUUCUUAAAUACAUCAAUCACCAUGAAAGUCACUAUAACAACUGAAGAUGGCUCUCUCUUCACAUUGGAUGUGAGUGGUGAUCUAGAACUAGAAAAUUUUCAAGCUUUGUGUGAGUUUGAAACUGGAAUACCCGCCGCACAGGUUGUGGUAAUUUUCGAAGGRACUGAAUUAAAAGAUGCCAAGAAAAGCCUAACUGACUAUGGAUUGAAAGAGGGAGAUGUGGUAUUAAUGCGAAGACGAAGAGUUAGAGCUCCACCAUCAAACCAAGGGCAAGGAACAGCAAUGGAAAUAGAUUGGGGGCAAAUACAGUUGCCGUCUGGUGCAAAUAAUCGAACCCAAAGGCCCUCAUCAUCUAGACAAAGACCCAAUGAGGAUGACCCAGAGUACAUAAGAACAAUGUUCCUUAAYGACCCCCACCAACUCUCCCUCCUWAAAGAAAGAAAUCCAGAACUAGCUGAUGCUAUAAGCAAUCCYGCAAAGUUUGCUGAGGUUUUGGGUAAGCAGCGUCAGGAAAUGAACGAAAGAAAUAGRCAGCGCAUACGCACUAUGAACGCUGAUAUCUUUGAUGCUGAAGCGCAGCGUGAAAUUGCUGAGGAAAUUAGAAUGUCAAAUAUAAACCAAAACAUGGAGGCUGCAAUGGAGUACUCUCCCGAGUCUUUCGCACGCGUCAUCAUGUUGUAUAUCAAUUGUAAACUUAACGGGCAUCCUGUUAAAGCCUUUGUUGACUCAGGAGCACAAAUGACAUUUAUGAGUUCAGCUUGUGCCGAGAGGUGUAACAUAACAAGGCUUAUUGACCACAGAUGGAGUGGUAUUGCUCAGGGUGUGGGUCAACAGAAGAUAAUCGGAAGGGUACAUGUUGCACAGAUUCAAAUAGAAAAUGACUUUUUGCAAUCAUCAUUUUCUGUGCUACAAGACCAAGUCAUGGAUCUUGUSCUWGGGCUUGACAUGCUAAAGAGACACCAGUGCUGUAUUGAUCUCAAAGACAAUACCCUUAUCAUUGGAACCACUGGCACAAGAACAGCUUUUCUCCCUGAGGCUGAACUCCCAAAYAAUGCCCGUCUCUCAACCCAGGAACCACAAGACACUACACAGGAGAUGGAAGACCGAAACUUAGCAGAGGCAUUAGCCAGGUCGGCUCAAGAUGCCAGUACUUCUAGCUCUAGUUCUCAACAACUUCAAGAACAAGCACCUAGUGGAGGAAGYUUUCCAGAGGAAAAGAUAUUGAAGCUGACUAACAUGGGCUUCAAAAGAGAAGAAGCRAUAGAAGAACUUGCGCGUUGUAAUGGUGAUGCUGAUUUAGCAGCUGUUUCAUUGUUAGCAAAGUCAAUGAAAGUCCCAUCAAAAUAACAAAGGCUUGAGUUUUAGGCUUGAAUUACACAAUAGACCAUUUCUGCUAUGCAUAGACACUUUCAAAAGUAUUCUUCAUUUUUAAUAAGGGCCUGUUCACACUAUGACACAAGCAUGUCUAACAAUAGAAAAGACAAAUGAAUGAAGUCAAGCUUGCAUCGAUAUAAGCAUAGAAAGUAACAUAAAGCAGAGCAUAAGCUAAUCAAAGACAACGAAGGAAUACACCGAGAAAAACACUUUCCUUUUUGUCUUCUUAAUCCUUAUACACUUUGUUUAUGGAGCUUGUGCUUAAGUUGCAGUGUGAACUGGCCCUUAACGUCACAGCAGCCAUCUUGGAGGAACUUUAAAGCUACAGUACAUAAAAUAUCUUCAAAAAUAACUUGGCCGCAUACAUGUGUGGGAUAUUUUUGAAAGUGUCUACACUUUUUGGAAAUAGUGCGUUCCAAGUAAUGUCUUAUGUUAACUGUAGGAAUGAAUUUCUGGUUUUAAUAUAUCUGUUUUUAUUGAUUUACUUAAAUUUCGGUGUUCUCUCUUCUACUUCUAUGUUGUCAAUAUUUUACAAUUUACGGUGCAAGAACAAUUCUUUUUCAUACAAGAUAUUCCUAGAAAAACAUUAGAAUAUAGUUAUAGUUCGUAUUUAUUAUAUAUUUUACAUGUAAUAGUGACGCCAUGGAUCGCUAAAACACCACGCGCGACCAUAGGCAGCCCAACUAUGAAUUUUUAAUGAAGAAAUGUGCAGAUUCAAUAAAAAUUGGGCUGCCUGUGCGCGCAACCAUUGAAAAAUGCUGUUGAAAUCUAGCUUCAGGGUCUUUUUUCUCUCUUAUGACUCAAAAAGGGUCUUUGUGAUAGACCUUUGAAGCUUUUACGUCAUGUGCCUUAUACGCAAUGCAUUGUAGGAUAUGUUUGGAACAGAACAUGGCGGAUUCUAUUUUUCUCUAGAAGCUGAUCCCACAAUGCAUUAAAAAUCAAGUAGUGACGGAUAAAAGGCUCAGAAGUCUAUUAUGCCCAGCUCAAAGUUCUCGCAAUCGUGUGCAAGCUUUUAUAGUGAGCAGCCAUAGAUUUCAGCUCGCAUUGAUAUAUGUCCAUGCCAUGACUUGAUAUAAAAUCUAAUGACUUUUGCUUUGAUGGCUCUUUUUUGUAGAACGUGUUUGACUACUGUAUCUCUGUCAGUAUUACCUUGGAAUACCUGUUAAAUUGAAUGACAAGUCUUAAUAAAGGUAGCGAUGGUAAUCAUA